GGAAAGGGAACGAGCGAUUCAGGAAAACGGUCAACGGAGGCUGGACCGAGCACCGUUCCGUGCACAAUCGUAUUUUUACCGGUUACAGCACGACGGGGUGGUGGUGGGUGAUAGCGGGGGCCAGAGGAGUCAGCGAACUAGAGUGAACGACGGCGUGAAAGAGGGGGAGUAUGGUUGCAGACGGGACCCGGAGACCGGGUGAGCAGCAAAUGGCUCCCUCUGUGAACCACAACCAGCAUGACAACGGCACCGGCGACGAGCUGGUGAGCUCGGUGACGCUGUACAAGCGAAGGCCCCGGCUGCUACACGGCACCGUCCUCCCGUUCCUGGCUGUUCUCUACCCGGGCUGGCUGUAUGUGUGGUUGGGGGUGUACGGCGCUUCAGAGUAUCCGGAGCCAGGCCUCCUGGCGCUGGCUGCUAUCGGGAUCGCGCACGUCCUCACAGCUCUCUCUGGCUAUUGGUCCGUGCAUGCGCAUUGUUGGCUCACUUGCUCUAAGGAACCAGACCCAAACAAGGCUACGCUGGCAAAGGUUGUACCGACCCCCAACAACGGCUCUGCUGAGCUUGUGGCACUACAGAGGGACCAGGAUGAGAAUGGGGAGGAGACUCUAUCUUUUGAGUUUCAAAAGAUCCGCUACAUGUUUGAUCACCAAGAGAAGAAAUGUUUCCUUCCCAUUGCGUUUCCCCUCGACCACCCAAUGGGCCACUUUCAGUCCUGUCGUGGCUACCAGGAGGAGGUUGAACUCAGAGCUGCGGAAAAGCGAUAUGGCACCAAUCGUGCCGAGAUGGUGGUGCCAGAUUUCCUUGAGCUUUUUAGGGAGAGGGCCACAGCUCCCUUUUUUGUUUUCCAGGUGUUCUGCGUGGGGCUGUGGUGUCUGGACGAGUACUGGUACUACAGCGUUUUCACACUGUUCAUGCUGGUGGCGUUCGAGGCGUCCCUGGUCCAGCAGCAAAUGAGGAAUAUGUCUGAGAUCCGCCGCAUGGGAAACAAGCCCUACAUGAUUCAGGUAUAUCGCAACAGGAAGUGGAGACCAAUUUCAAGUGAUGAGCUUGUUCCUGGUGACAUCGUCUCAAUAGGACGUUCACCCCAGGACAACUUGGUACCUUGCGAUGUGUUGCUACUCAGGGGUCGCUGCAUUGUGGAUGAGGCCAUGUUGACUGGAGAGUCUGUGCCCCAGAUGAAGGAGCCAGUCGAGGACUUGGACCCAGAGCGAGUCCUGGACCUUCAGACAGACUCUCGACUCCACAUCAUCUCUGGUGGGACAAAAGUGGUGCAACAUAGCCCUCCUCUAAAGGCUAGUGCUGGACUCAAAUCUGUAGACAAUGGUUGUGUGGCAUAUGUUCUGAGAACAGGAUUCUACACCUCUCAGGGUAAACUAUUACGAACCAUCCUCUUUGGUGUGAAGAGAGUGACAGCAAACAACCUGGAGACUUUCAUCUUCAUCCUCUUCCUUCUUGUGUUCGCCAUUGCUGCAGCUGUGUAUGUGUGGGUAGAAGGGACCAAAGAUGCCAGCAGGAAUCGCUACAAGCUGUUUCUGGAGUGCACGCUAAUCCUCACUUCGGUGGUUCCACCAGAACUCCCUAUAGAGCUUUCUCUGGCGGUCAACACAUCUCUUAUUGCUCUGGCUAAACUUUAUGUAUUCUGUACAGAGCCCUUCAGGAUACCAUUUGCCGGUAAAGUGGAGGUUUGCUGUUUUGACAAAACAGGAACACUGACCAGUGACAGUCUGGUGGUACGAGGAGUAGCGGGCCUUAGGGAAGGAAAGGAGGUCAUGCCUGUAUCUGAGAUCCCAGUUGAGACACAUCGGGUGGUGGCCACCUGUCACUCACUGGUCACUCUGGAUGAUGGACAGCUGGUUGGCGACCCACUAGAGAAGGCCAUGCUGACCGCUGCUGACUGGAUCCUCACUAAAGACGAAAAGGUGUUCCCACGAGGUAUCAAAACCCAGGGACUUAAGAUCCACCAACGUUUCCACUUUGCCAGUGCUCUAAAGAGGAUGUCAGUCCUGGCCUCCUAUGAGAAAAUGGGCUCCACUGAACUCUGCUACAUCUCAGCUGUGAAAGGAGCUCCGGAGACACUCAGACGAAUGUUUUCAGCAUGUCCGCCGAGUUAUGACAAAGUCCACAGGGAAAUGUCUCGGGAAGGGGCCAGAGUGCUGGCCUUGGGUUAUAGAGAGAUAGGACACCUCAGUCAUCAGCAGGUCCGGGAGAUGAGUCGCGAUGCACUGGAGUGCGACUUGCAUUUCGCUGGGUUCAUGGUUGUGUCCUGCCCCCUCAAGAGUGACAGCAAAGCUGUCAUCAGAGAGAUCCAGGAAGCAUCUCAUCGUGUGGUGAUGAUCACAGGCGACAACCCUCUAACAGCGUGCCAUGUAGCGAGAGAGCUUCACUUCAUUCAGAGAGAACACACACUGAUAUUGCAGCCAAGUGCCGAUCAGAGUAAGACAGGUGAAUGGCAGUGGGAAUCUAUUGAUGGCAGCGUGCGUGUACCAGUGCCCCCUCCCUCUGUUUCUUCAUUCGUGCAGCAGUUUGACUUGUGUGUAACAGGGGAGGGGCUGGCCAGACUGAGCUGUGACCCCCGGCUACUCCACGCCCUCUUGCCUCACGUACAAGUGUUUGCCCGUGUCAGUCCAAAACAGAAGGAAUUUGUCAUCACCAGUCUUAAGGGGCUGGGUUAUGUUACACUGAUGUGUGGUGAUGGCACAAAUGAUGUUGGAGCUCUCAAACACGCCCACAUAGGUGUUGCUCUGCUAGCCAAUGCCCCAGAGCGCAUGCCGGAAAAAAGGAAACGGGGGAGAGAGAAGGAGGCGCCCCCAGUAGAACCCAGACCCUUACCACCUAUCAGUUCAGGAGGCAAACUGAGCUCCAGGGCAGCCAGGCAGAGGCUGAUGGCACAGAGAGAAGAGCAGCUUGCAGCACAAAAGGAGAGGAUCAGUCAAGUCUUACGGGAACUUGAAGAGGAUCAGAUACAAGUAGUAAAGCUGGGUGAUGCCUCCAUCGCUGCCCCUUUCACUUCCAAGCUCUCGUCCAUACAGUGCAUCUGCCAUGUAAUUAAGCAAGGCCGUUGCACUCUUGUGACAACUCUCCAGAUGUUUAAAAUCCUUGCCCUCAAUGCCCUGGUACUGGCCUACAGCCAGUCUGUACUCUACCUCGAGGGGGUCAAGUUCAGUGAUUUUCAGGCGACCCUGCAGGGCCUGUUGUUGGCCGGAUGCUUCCUCUUCAUCUCUAGAUCAAAGCCACUGAAGACAUUGUCUCGAGAGCGGCCCUUACCAAACAUCUUCAAUCUUUAUACCGUGUUGACUGUGCUGCUACAGUUUGCUGUUCACUUCUGUAGUCUGGUGUACCUUUACAAAGAGGCACAGAGCAGAAGUCCACCCAGAGAGCAGCAGUUUGCAGAUCUAUACAAAGAAUUUGAACCCAGUCUAAUUAACAGCACUGUGUAUAUAAUGUCCAUGGCCAUGCAGAUGGCCACCUUCGCCAUUAAUUACAAGGGUCACCCCUUCAUGGAGUCUCUCAGCGAGAAUCGACCACUACUAUGGAGUAUCGCUCUGUCAGGUUUAGCAAUUGUGGGACUUCUCUCUGGUUCCUCACCAGAAUUCAAUGAACAGUUUGCUCUUGUAGAUAUUCCAACUGAGUUCAAAAUGAUCAUUGCUCAGGUUCUGGUGGUGGACUUUGUUGCUGCUCUGCUGGUGGACCGUAUCCUGCAGUUACUGCUGGGCAAAGGAACACUUAGGCUGCCUUCUUGAACUCUGUGCCAACAGUGGCCGCUGCCCUUACCAACCAAACUGUAAAGGGAGAGAAGACCUGGAUGAAGAAGACAAUUAAAGCUGUUGUGACAUACACAAAACAGUUGAGACAGUCGUGGCGAGCAGUACACUCCACCUACCCAUUCCUUCAUCCUACUCUACUGUUUCUAUCUGUUUCUGUAUUUUCAGCUCUGUUUAAAUUGUCUUUGUUUUAUUCAUAACUCCUUGUUUUCUCUCUCUCUCUCUCUCUCUCUCUCUCUCUCUCUCUCUCUCUCUCUCUCUCUCUCUCUCUCUCUCUCUCUCUCUUUCUUUCUUCACCUGUUCCUCCCUGCUGCUACAAAGGGCCAUGAAGACAGCAGUAUUGAGUGGAGUGCUAGACUGUGUGCCAGCCAGAGUGAAACACAGGCACACAAAUGGGCAUUCUCUAAGAGAAUUGCAGAAGUGUUUUUGAUUCCUCUCCUUGAUUUUGUAAAAAGUGAAAAACAUCUCUAACAGACUUAUAAAGACAUACUGAUAUAAA